UGCUUGUGCCCCCCAUCCGGUCGCGUGCGACGAUCGCCGCAGUGAAUGACGCGGCACCGUCCGGAAGACACACAAAUUAGCGUACGCGGCAAAAGACACCGCAAAACAAAAAAACGCAAUAAUAAUAACGUUAAUGUAGUGACAGUCGGCCACGGUCCACUAGUCAUCUAAAUAUUGUAAUAUUAAAAUAUAACUGUCCGCGACCCGUCAAUUAAGUGCAGCGCCAGACGAGACGUGCGUGUAUCGGAGCUGAUUGAUUCGAUAUCGACGUACGGCGGCGGCGGUGGCGGGACACCACUCGAACUAUUACACAUUUAAUAAUAUUGUUGUUAUUAAUAUUGUACACAUUGUAGCCGGUCCGCGAUGCCGCACGUGUACGGUCCGGAAAGCAGUGAAGACACACAGCCGCAAUGACUACGGUACGCGCCGCGGGGACCGCCAACAACGUGCCGACGACUUCGGGCGCCGGGACGACACCGCCGCAGCCGCCGACGCCGACGCCGGUGGCUGCGGCUGCGGCUAUCGCCUCCGAGGGGAUCGUCGUCGUCCACGAACGGCCGACUACCGCGACGGUCGACAUCGGCGGUGACCGCAGGAGCAGGAGCGCCGGUUCGCGGGACGCCGUGGGACGCGAGAAUUGGAGAUUGGCGCAGCACGGCGUCAAUAGCUCUGCUUCCGACGGUUGUCGAGCCACCGCUGCUGCCGCUAAAGGUGAUAGCGAUUGGACGAUGCAUAGUAUAUGCGAAUUAACGGAACAAGAUAGUCUUGAUGAUCAUUUUUCACAUAUAAAUCGAAAACUAGUCCAAAGAUCUUCCAAAAUGGGUCGAUCCAAUGGACUCAAAAGUGGUCGGACUCUAAUGAACCUGUUGACCAGUAGAGGGACGGACAUGCUGCAACAUACGGAGCCUUUCCACCACUUUUGGGUGACGCUCAGCUCUCUUUACGGCAUGGUUUUGGUUAUCCUCAUGUUCGCCAUCUGCUUAAUAGAAGUAAUGGAUAAUCCUGUUAAGUUAUUAUCAAUACAGGGAAUUUACCUUAUGUACCUAUACUUGGGAAGCAUAGCCGUUAUUAUAUGUAUUUAUGUAUGGGUAUUAAUCGAUUCCUGUGUCAGCUUAACUUCGGACGAAACUGAAAUCGUCACGUCCGGAUCAUCAUCACCUGGUGUCUUUACAUUGAACCGGUUCAACUCGUUGAAACAAUUUAGUUCGUUGAAACGUGCGCAUAUUUCACGUUCAAAGACUUCGGACACCAGCUUCUAUUUAAGAGUAGGAGCUUUAGUGUUCGGUUUAGGAACGCUCGUAUUCAAUGGUUUAGAAAUGGCCAUGUAUUCCAUGAUGGAUAUUAGCUGUUUAAACGAUGUCAUAUUCGUACAUCCAAUACUACACGGACUGUUUACAUUUUUACAAAUGCAUUUUCUUUUCAUAAAUUCUCAGGUGUUGGUUGAAAGGUUUGGUUUGGCUGCCAGAUUCGGAUUCAUGCAUUUAGCUGCUACAAACAUAGCUUUAUGGGUGCGGUUGGUAAUCUGGGAAAGUGGCAUCGAAUGGAUUUACUUCAUCCAUCUAGCACAGACGUCGAACAUAGGCAUGUCGGCAUCAACAUAUGAAUCCAGUAUUCCUACACCCUUACAACUACGCGGAUUUCCUAGUUUUAUUACCUCGAGACACACGCGAGACCUAAAACCAGAAUAUAACGGAACGUUCAGAAAUUCCAUCUAUCAACCUGUAUCCGAGAACCACGUGACACAAGUAGUAACACUUCACCAUUGUUUAAACACUAAUUCACUUGGUCAACUUUUAACAUCUUCUAUGCCAUAUCUGUAUCCGUUCAUCGUGCAAUUUAGUUUAAUUGCCGCCGGAGUGACAUAUGUGAUGGGCCAGAACGUGGGUACUUGUCAGAUGAAACCAUUGAAACGUAACAUGCAAAAACCACCGCCGUCAUCGUCGUUGUCGUCGUCGGCACCCAAAGACCAGCAAAAAGACUCGGCCGCCCAACUGGGACGGUUGUACGUGUCUCAAGGCGUGAGCUUUUCGGGCGCCAACAAGGGCCUGUUCCUCGGUCUACUGACGUUGGUCAUGGUGAUCGUGGUGGUCAUCAUAUUUCUGGUGGUCAAGGACGACGAAGACUUUGCGUCCGACACCUUGUUCUGGAUGACGUCCACCACACUGGCCACCAUACUGUCCACCGGUACGUUAUUGGGCUGCGUAGGCCUCUACCAGGUCCGAAAGCUGUGCCACAACGGCAACCAGCUGACGGCUUUGGAUACGAUACUGGCCACCGUGUCAGGCGCCGGCGUCGUCCUGUACGCGCUGUUCAGCACUAUGGUGGGCGCGGUCGGCGUGGCCACGUCACAACCUGGCACCCCGGAACAGAAGGUGGACGCCAUGCUGACCGCCGUCAACGUGCUGCAAUUGGUCCAAGUGGCUGUCCAGAGCUCACUGACCGCCGAGGCUUACAGGAGAAGUUCGUGGUCGAGACAUCAACUGUUCACCAAACCCGGUCGUCAGAUAAUCACAUACUUGCUGUGCAGCAAUAUCGCUCUGUGGAUGUUCGACUCGUUUAUUACGCAGAGUUGGAUUAGUCAAGAACGACAAUUGCGUUUCAUGGGUUUGCUAUCCUGGGGACUACUGUCCAGGAUAUCGCUGCCACUAGUAGUUUUCUACAGGUUCCAUUCGGGAGUACUUUUGUUACAAAUCUGGCAAAAAUCUUAUAGAUGAACACAUGACCGAAUGAAAUUUUAUGCUUGUAAUUUUUUUUUUUACGAUGUGCAAUAUUAGAUAUUAUUUUACUAUUAUUAUUUAUUUUUGUUGGAAAUAAACCAACACAAUUUUUAUAA